AUGGCGAGAGGGCCUCUCGCUCGUCAUCUAUGGAUCUCUGUGUGUAUUAUUAUGCUCCUUGUCCAUCAGGUCAAUUGUUUUUACCUCCCUGGUGUUGCACCUCAAGAUUUCCAGAAGGGAGACCUGCUAACGGUGAAAGUGAACAAGUUGACUUCCACAAAAACACAGCUUCCUUAUUCCUACUAUUCGCUGCCUUAUUGUCGCCCAGAUCACAUUGUUGACAGUGCAGAGAAUCUCGGAGAAGUUCUUCGGGGUGAUCGCAUUGAAAACUCACCCUAUGCGUUUAAAAUGAGAGAGCCACAGAUGUGCAGUGUUGUUUGUCGUCUAACUCUUAAUGCAAAAACAGCCAAAAAGUUCAAGGAAAAGAUAGAUGAUGAAUAUCGUGUGAAUAUGAUUCUGGAUAAUCUUCCUUUAGUUGUUCCUCUACGAAGGCCUGGUCAGGAUGAAUCAUCCAAAGGGUAUCUGCAUGGAUUUCUUGUUGGCCUUAAAGGACAGUAUGCUGGGAUGAAGGAGGAAAAAUAUUUCAUCCACAACCACUUAUCGUUUGUAGUCAAAUAUCAUAGAGAUCCGUUGACUGAAUUGUCAAGGAUUGUAGGCUUUGAGGUUAAACCUUUCAGUGUAAAGCAUCAGUAUGAAGGUGAAUGGAAUGAGAAUAUCCGCUUAACUACUUGUGAUCCGCAUGCAAAAAAGGCAGUCACCAAUUCUGAAACUCCUCAAGAGGUUGAAGACAAGAAGGAAAUUAUUCUAACGUAUGAUGUUGAAUUCCAGGAGAGUGAUAUAAAGUGGGCAUCUCGCUGGGAUACCUAUCUCCUAAUGGCCGAUGAUCAGAUUCACUGGUUUUCCAUUAUUAAUUCUUUGCUGAUUGUUAUUUUCUUGUCGGGCAUGGUGGCUAUGAUAAUGUUGCGGACACUUUACCGCGAUAUCUCUACCUAUAACCAAUUAGAGAUACAAGAUGAAGCUCAAGAAGAGACAGGAUGGAAGCUUGUCCACGGGGAUGUUUUCAGGCCUCCAUCUUACUCUGACAUACUGUGUGUAUAUGUUGGAACAGGUGUUCAGUGUUUUGGUAUGGUUCUUGUCACUAUGAUUUUCGCUGCCCUUGGAUUUCUCUCGCCAUCAAAUAGAGGAGGCUUGAUGACGGCCAUGCUCUUGCUCUGGGUCUCCAUGGGAUCAUUCGCCGGAUACUCAUCAGCGCGUUUCUAUAAGUUGUUCAAGGGAACAGAUUGGAAAAAGAUAAGUCUGAAAACAGCCUUCAUGUUCCCUGCUAUAAUCUUCGUAAUAUUCUUUGUGCUAAAUGCUCUUAUUUGGGGAGAAAAGUCUUCUGGGGCUGUCCCUUUUGGAACAAUGUCUGCUCUGGUCUUUUUAUGGUUUGGCAUCUCAGUUCCACUUGUCUUCAUUGGUGGUUAUAUGGGUUUUAGAAAGCCAGUUUCUGAGGAUCCAGUAAAGACAAACAAGAUUCCUAGGCAGAUCCCAGCUCAGACCUGGUACAUGAACCCUGUGUUGUCUAUUCUUGUAGGAGGCAUACUCCCAUUUGGUGCUGUCUUCAUAGAGCUAUUCUUCAUUCUCACAUCAAUUUGGUCACAUCAAUUUUACUAUAUAUUUGGUUUCCUCUUCAUUGUGUUCCUCAUACUACUGGUCAGCUGUGCUGAGAUAACAGUAGUUCUCUGCUACUUCCAGUUGUGUAGUGAGGACUAUCACUGGUGGUGGAGGUCUUAUCUGACUUCAGGUUCAUCAGCUCUUUACCUUUUCCUUUAUGCUGCUUUUUACUUCUUCACAAAGCUUGAGAUCACAAAACCCGUUUCUGGGCUUCUGUACUUUGCAUAUAUGCUGAUUCUUUCAUAUGCUUUCUUUGUCUUGACCGGUACAAUUGGGUUCUAUGCAUGUUACUAUUUCAUAAAGCUCAUCUAUUCAUCAGUCAAAGUUGACUAGUUCUCGCCAUGCGAAGGCAAUGGCGGGAUGGUCAAAUCACCUUUUGAAGAGUUAAUGUCUUGUUUGUUUGGAAUGGAGAGCUGUGGCUCUCCAUUGGUUCCAAUCUUAAGCUUUGACGGAAAUUCUUGUUAGUCUCUUCGGUAUAGU